AUGUUUGACCCUGUUUAUAAUUUAUCCAACGAGCAAAAAGAAAAGUUCGACCAAGAUGGCUAUCUUGUGAUACCAAACUUUUUUUCAUUGGAAACCGCGGAACAGUUAAAAUUACGUGCUAGUCAAUUGGUAGAUGAAUUCUCACUUGACGAUCACCCGAUUACAAUUUUCUCCGCUAAUGAGAAGGAAAGC